AAGAUCGACGAUCCCUGUUCCUGUAUGAGUAUGAUUCGCAUUUCGCAGUUGCGUAUACGAAUAUGGAGCCGUCCAGUGAAAUCUAAGAGAGAGAAUUUAUUUUGACGUUAAUUUUACGUUAAUUAAAAUGGUAAAUGAUAUCAAAGAAUAAAAUUGUAAACCCACUCGCAAACGAUCCGUCAUGUCAACGACUAAAGGAGAUAACGAUAAAGAUGAAAAUUUUAAGAGACAGGGUUCGUUUAGAAAGCUAUUACCAACGAAUGCCAAUGGGGACUCCCAAUUAAGCAUGUCAGUAAAAAUGAUCGAUAGGCCAAAUAUUUCUCAGACCAACAAAGAUUAUGCGGUUUUCUUACAAGAGUAUAAUAUUCUUUCGGAAUACAACAUAUUGCGCAUCCAAGAUUUAAAAGGAAUUUAUGUCAUACCAUCGGCACAAAAUUCUUUUGUGUGGUUCGGAGUUCAAUUUAUUCGACAAGGGAUUUAUCAAGGCGGAGUCUUUAGAUUUACUCUUACGUUGCCUGAAAAUUUUCCAGACGGUGGAUGUCCCAAAGUUGUAUUUCAAACCCAUGUCUUCCAUCCGCUUAUAAAUUCAGAAACAGGAGAAUUAUGUACAACUUGGGGAUUCGUCGAAUGGAAAAGAAAUAAUAGGGUAUGGCAGUUGAUACAGUACAUAACAAAGAUACUUACUAAAGUAGAUACAAGAAUGACACCUAUAAAUCAAGAAGCAUCCAUUUUAUUGCAAAACAAUUUUGAUCAGUUUCGAGAACGAGCCAAAGAAUGCGUAAGAGAAAGUUUGAAUCAAGUAUAUAAUCCGCCUGCCUUCGAGGAUCCCCAUUAUAUUACAUUCAGUCCAUACGUACCAGAAUUGCAUGAUCCCGUUAAGCAACAAAUAUACGAAUCUAAGGGUACGGAAGAGAAUCGAGCGUUAGGACUUUCUUGGGUUCAACCUGGUUCCCUUCAGCCAUUCUCAAAGCCAGAAUCCAGAUAAUGAGGAAUUCCAUUCUUUAUCAUAGCAACGAUGUAUAUCUUUACGAAUUUAAUUACAUAAGUACAAGCCUUGCUCUCUUGACGACUAAUAUAAUGAACAGACUGUUACGUGAAAUUAUAUUUUUGUAUAAACAAAGUGGAGAUAUAUUUGAAAUCUAUGCCAUUUUCCGUCGAUGAAAUAAUUUCUAAUACGUACAAUCCACCUGAAAGUACGAGUUAUUGUUACUUUUGUACUUUCUUUUUGUGAUAAUAGAAUAUCAUAUACGUAGAUAUUGUUA